GAGGAAAAGCAGAACAAAGACAUUACGAGGUUUAUUGUAAAACCUGCAAGUGCUUUCACCAAAUUAGGCCCAAACUUUCCAUUUCCGGCAAUGCCUUCAUAAUUUACUUUCCAUCUCCCUUCUUCUCCUCCUCCUCCUCCAUUUCUCCCUCUUCCACAAAUCAAACCAAAACAAAACCCUCGAAGAAUUAGAACAAGAAUCGAAAGGCCUCCUCCGAUGGCGCGAGGGAAGAUCCAGAUCAAGCGAAUCGAAAACCCUACGAACAGGCAGGUCACCUACUCCAAGCGACGCAACGGCCUCUUCAAAAAGGCCAACGAGCUCACCGUCCUCUGCGAUGCCAAAGUCUCCAUCAUCAUGUUUUCCAGCACUGGAAAACUCCACGAGUAUAUCAGCCCUUCCACCUCGACCAAGGAGCUUUUCGAUCAGUACCAGAAGACUCUAGGCGUUGAUCUAUGGAUCUCUCACUACCAGAGAAUGCAAGAGAAUCUGAAGAAGCUCAAAGACGUGAAUCGUAGCCUUCGCAGGCAGAUUAUGCAAAGGAUGGGGGAAUGCAUGAAUGAUCUGAGUUUUGAGGAACUGCGCUGUCUUGAGCAAGAUAUGGAUAAUGCCGUCAGGAUCAUCCGUGAACGCAAGUACCGGGUGAUAUCAAACCAGAUUGAAACGCACAAGAAGAAGUUGAAGAGCGUAGGAGAAAUACACAAGAGUCUUCUUCAGGAGUUUGAUAUUGCAACAGAGGAAGAUCCACAUUAUGGGCUGGUGGACAAUGGAGGUGUCGGAGUCGGAGUAGGAGUCGGAGUAGGAGUAGGCGUAGGAGUAGGCGGAGGAGAUUAUGAGUCAGUUAUGGGGUACCACCCAGGCGGUGCCCAUCCUCGCAUAUUCGCCUUGCGCCUCCAGCCCAACCACCCCAAUAUUCACCUUCAACACCCUCCCCCUCCGGAUCUCACUACCUAUCCACUCCUUGAGNUUUUUUUUUUUUUUUUUUCUUCUUUUUUGCCCCAUAAUUUGAAAGAUAUUGAAUGUAGAAAUGGGAAAGAAUUUGAGGGGUGA